AUGAAACUAUCCACAGCAGUAAUUGCAGCCCUUGCUGCUGCCGUCAAUGUUGAUGCCAAGACUCUCGAUGCAAAGACUCUUCAGAAGACCAUGAACAAAAUGGGUACCAAGCAAUCAUUGCUGCGAAGAGCCCGAAAAUUGGACCAACAGGCACAAGGUGACGAUGCUGGCCAACAAGAAGAGUUCCAAAUCACCUCGGACUACUCCAUCAAGUUCAACUCUUGUGCAUCCCUCAAGAUUCUUGAUGUCGAUGAUGUCAGCACAUACAUCACUAACACUCAAUACAGUGGAAGUAACGUCGACCUCAGUAGUUUGAAUGUCUUCAAGGACUUCAUUGUCUUUGAUGCUACCAGCGACUCCAGUGGACAAACCGUCCAAUUUGUCAUUGAUGUUGCCUCAUAUGUCCAGACUCUUAUUCAAGCUGUUCCAGAUGAAUACGAGGGAUACUGCAGUGCCUGUAGCGAAGCUUAUGAAACUUGCACUGCUUCCUCUGUUUCUGCCGCUGGUGCUGACGAGGGAGGCCGCAAGCUUACCUCCAACUACGAGACCAUUGAUUGCGACAUCUGUUACGCCAAUGGCUGUUUCGCCGAUGGUGGAAACGGUGAUGGCUCUGUCUAUACCGAUUCCUAUGGAUACACUUCCGAUGCUGCCUUGGAAUGGUUGGACAGUGUUACCCAGUGCCAAGAGAUCAAUCAAGACAACGGAUAUGCCAACUUCAAUGGCUACUACACUUUGUACGCUGGUCUCACCUGUAACGCCGCCGGAACUGGUGUCGAGAUUGGACUCUUUGGAAACGCAGACUGUACCCUACAAAGCACCCAAACCAGCUUUUCCAACAUUCUUUCUACUGAGACCCAGAUCAACAGCUACUUUGAAUUGACAAAGACUCUUGUCGAACAUUCUUUCACCCAAACUACCUCUUGUGCUGAGACAACCUUCGUCAGCCCCUACGAUAAUGGAAACCGUCGUCGAUUGCAGGAGGACGAGGAUGAAAACCAAGACGAAAACCAAAACGAGAACCAAGACGAGAACCAAGACGCGAAUCAAGAUGAGAACCAAGAUGAGCAGCAGGACGAGCAGCAGGACGAGAACCAAAAUGAACAGCAAGACGAGAACCAAGAUGCCAACGCUGAUGCCAAUGGUGACGACGCCGCCAACCAAGGUGAAGAAGAUCAACAACAACAAGACCAAGACCAAGACCCAGUCAACGAGAUUUGCCAAGCACUUACUGCAGACUCUUUCGCCCUUCAAAACUGCGGCCAAAAUAAUGGAAACAGCUAUCAAUACGACGAUAAUGGUAAUGCUUGGGGUACCUACUACUACGGCAGCUACGGAUACAUCAACUACGACAUUACCGAUGCUGAAGAUGCUGACCAAAUCUGUAUGGCCAUGCAAAAGAAGUCUGGAUACUACAACCGUGUUGGAUCUGGAUCUAACAAGAAACUGUACAACUACAACGGAAGAAAGACCAACACUUAUACUUGGGAUCUCUACUCUGGAUCCAGCACCAAUGGAUACAACCCCAGCGGCUCCAGCUCUAACAGCACUAACAGUGGCUUUGACUGGUCAGGUACCAAGCAACAGAUUGGAGACAAGUACAACGACAUGAGCGAAAAGCUUGGGGAAGGUAUUACCCGUGCUUCUGAAAAGACUGGAUUGGAAGUCGAAGAAAUCAUUGGCAUCAUUGUUGGUGCUAUUGCUGCUUUGUGUUUGUUCAUCGCAUGUGGAUGCUACUGCUGCUGUAAGAAGGACACGGAUGAGAAGCAAGUCAAUCUCCUUGGAGAAGGACGGGAGCGAAGGGAAUGGAAUGCCAAGGAUAAGUGGGAAACUUCCCGAAACAAGGCCACUUGGGCAUAA